AUGCGCGUGCCAUGCGGCGCGUUCAAGACCACCACCACAGUGUAUGCCAAGUCGGACCGCGAAUGCGUCGUCUUGCCUGGUUACGGCUGGGGGCCAGCAAACGACUCAGCACCCUGCCCCCUGGGCUUUUACAACCCCGGCUACAACACGCGCAAGUGCACAAUCUGCUCCGGGGGCCUCACCACCUUGAGCGAGGGCGCGGUCGCGGCGCAGGCCUGCCAGGCGCCAGCUGGGACAUUCUAUCAGCGCGGCAAGGCAGUGGCGUGUGCCAGGGGCUCUUACAAAGCCUCGGCGGGCAACGGGGACUGCCAACAGUGCCCGGAGGGCUGGACGACAGCAGCAGACGCGGUUGGCAAGACAGCGCCUUCAGAUUGUGCAUACCUGCAGCCAGGCUACUACGCGCCACCCGGCAUGGCGGGCACCCUCGGCACGGUGCCGGCCGUCCCCUGCCCCCAAGACACGUACCGGUCCCAGGAAGCGCAGUACACCUUGUUGCAGGACGCCAUCGGCCUCAAUUGCACAGCCUGCCCCUUCCUCAUGAAGACGCUCGCCGGCGGCGCGACCCAGCAAUACCAGUGCCUCGUGCCGCCGGGCCACGGCAUUGGCGCGGACAACGCGACCGCGGCACCAUGCGCGACGGGGACGUACAACCCGGGGUGGAACCUGCAGCCGUGCGUGCCUUGCGGGGCCGGCAACCUGACGACCGACGGCCCCGGGGCCACCAGCGCCGACGACUGCAAGGUGCCGGCCGGCUACGGCACGUCGCGCUCGAUGAGCGGCGUGCUGGCCGCCGCGCCGUGCCCCGCCGGGACGUACGGCCGCAGCACAGACACCUACGGCCUUGUGGACGUGGAGUGCACCAAGUGCCUGGAAUACACGACCACGGCGGCGGUCGGCUCGACGACGGGCGCGCAGUGCCUGACGCUCAGCGGGUACGGUUGGGACAACGGCCAGAUCACCGAGUGCGACUAUGGUUACUACUCAUCUGGCAACAGUCAGGACCCCUGCUCGUACUGCGGGGAGGGGUACAACACGUCCACCGGCCCAUCGGGCACGACACCCGUCACUGGGGCGUCCUCCAACGCGUCGUGCGUCAUCGCGGCGGGUUGGACGGCCGACGGCAGCGGCGGCGUCAAGCCGUGCAUGCAGGGCACCUACAAGUCGCUCCUCGGCAGCUCGGCCUGCGUCACCUGCCCCAACGGCACGACCACCACCAUCACGUUUGCGCCCGCCCGCCUCUCGGACUGCGACGCCUGCCGGCCGGGCUACGGCGUUUCCGGCAGCAUCGACCUGUCAGCGCCGGCCUGCACAGCCUGCCCCUCUGGGACGUACUCGUUCGGCUAUGUCAGCGGCGGCAGCACCUGCCAGCCGUGCCCCGCGCCUGACGGGUACACCGGCUUGAUGGUUUCGCGAAAGGGCAUCUCGAAUCCAGAGGAUUGCUACCCCGAGUUCAUGACUGAUGCGGCCUUCAGCAGCCUGCUGAGGUACAACUACAUCCGCAUGGACUCGGCCGUCCAGACAAUCACCUGGAACGUCACCGGCGCCUCCUGCCAGGCCGCCUGCUCGGCUGCCGCGAGCUGCCAGUACUUUGUGUUCACUGACCUCCAUGGUUCGGGCACCAAGUGCUCGCUGCGCAACUUGGGGGUUACUCCUGCCAACGUGACCAACAAUUUGCAGAGCUACAUCCUCUUCCAGGUGUGA